AUGAGUCCUGGUGAAGCAUUACAAACUGAAAUACCUGAAGCAAGACGUAUGGAAAAUUAUCGAUCUGGAAAUUGUUUAUUGAGUUAUUUUGAUCCAAAUACAAAAAAGUUUCGUAAUUUCACAGCUUCACAAUUUGGUGAUGUUUGGAAUCAUUUCGAUCAAGAUGGUAAUGGAUUUAUAGAUGGUGAAGAACUUGAAAUGUUCAUGGGCAAACUAGUCGAAUGUAUCAUACCGAAACAUGCUAGAAAUCAACUAUCCGAGGAUGAUACUCGUGAAUUAGUUAAUGAGUUAUUAAAAGUAAUCGAUACGAACAAUGAUAAUCGAAUCGAUAUUAGAGAGCUGGCUCAAUUACUUCCAACUGAUGAGGAAUUUUUAAUUUUAUUCCAACGAGAAAAUAAGCUAAAUUCCAGUGUUGAUUUUAUGAAAGUAUGGCGAGAAUUCGACAAAGAUCAUAGUGGAUUUAUUGAAGCAGAUGAAUUAAAAGAUUUUCUGACAGAACUACUAUCAUUUGGAAUACAUAAAGAUGAUGAAAAAUUUGAUGAAAAGAUUAUUGAAUACACUGAUACAAUUUUGAAAUUAUUCGAUCAUAAUCGAGAUGGUAAAUUACAACUAAGUGAAAUGUCUCGUUUAAUACCUGUGGAAGAGAACUUUUUAUGUCGUCCAAUAUUUAAACAUGCUGGUAAAAUUACAGCAGCUGAUGUGGAUCGUGUUUUUGCAUUAUAUGAUACAGAUAAAAAUGGAACCAUUGAAGAUCUUGAAUUGUAUGGUUUCUUAAAAGAUCUUCUUGAACUUGUUGAAGAAGAUUUUGAUGAAUCAGAUCUUGAUUAUACACGAUCUAUGAUUUUACAAAAUUGGGAUUUUAAUAAUGAUGGGAAAAUUAGUUUGGAAGAAAUGCGUAUGCUUUUGUUAGCUUACAGUUCAAAAGACUCAAAAAUAGAUAAUGAUAAUUAUAAUUAUCAUAAUGAUGGUUCUAAAACUAGCAAUAAAAAAAUAUCUAUGGUUAAAUCUAAUCCAAGACAUUCAACUGGAGAGAAUGUAGAACGUCAAAACAUCAUUAAAACCACUUGGUCAAAACGGAAAUGAAUAAAACAUAUGUAACAAUCACUAUUUUGUGUGUGUG